AUGAGUAACAUUAAGCAAGAUUUGAGUGAAUUUGACCCUUUAACUCAAGCCGAAACCAGUCCUAAGGACCAAAAUACGGCGGGAGAAGAGAGAACUGUAGAAGAAUCUACCAAUAGAAGUGCCACUGUAGGAGAAAAGGAUGAUGGAGAUGAAGAUGAAGAGCCUUUUUAUGAUUUUCAAUUAUUUAUUCAACAGCUCCGAGACCCCCAUGCUGAACCUAUAGUGAGAUUUAUUAAGUCCUUUUUACACGAUUUCCAAACUGUAAGAGUUCUUUGGACUGCUAAGGAACAAUCAAAAUUGAUAAAUGAUUUUAAAAUCUUCAUAUAUGAUAAAUUUGGGCUUUAUAAACCAUUUUGUGAACUAGAGGGUUCCAAAUUGAGGAAUGCACAAGAAGGUUUAGAAAAAUUGAUUAUGGGCAAACUUUAUGCUCGAUGCUUCUCACCAUGUCUUGAGCCGUUGGAACAGAGUUUGGACAAAGAACAUUUACAGGAUUUAAAAGAUGAUCGUCAAUUAAAAUUGAAAUCGAGGGAAUACAGGUUUAUCUCACCCCAAGAAUUGGAUAUCCCCAAUUUAUUAUCAGAUAAAUUGAACAAAUUGGUUGAAUUAUCCGGGAAAGAAUUAAACAAGGUUAAUCAUUUUAAAGCACCUCGUGAUAAGAUGAUCUGUGUUCUUAAUUCUUGUAAAAUCAUUAUGGCGAUGUUAACUAACAACAAAUUGGAAAAUGGCGCUGACAGUUUCAUACCUUUACUCAUCUAUACAAUUUUAAAGAGUAAUUUAAGCUCAUUAGCUUCCAAUACGAGGUAUAUCGAAAGAUUUAGGUUUGAGUCCUUCUUCAGAGGUGAAGCCCUUUAUUAUCUAAACAGUCUACAAGCCGCCGUAAGUUUUAUCAUAAGUAUUAAUGAAAGUACAUUUACCAUAGAGAAUAGGAACCAGUUCAAACAGCGUUAUGAUGACAACCAAAAGCAAUUAAUCAAAGAAGAUGAAAUUUCAGAGAGAGAAAGAGAAAAUAAUAGUAUCGUGAACCCUCGUCUUUCCAAGAGCCCGAACCCAAGUCAGUUUAUCUUACAACCUUUAGAUGAAGCGGCCAACACCAUCAAGGGGAAAGUAAACGAAUUUUUUACCAGUGCUAAACCACAACUAAAACCAGAGGACGAAGCUCGUCGCACGGAUACAAGUCCACCAAGUGUUGCCCUUUACGAUGAAGAUAAUCAAGAUAUCGAUCGUCUCGCACAGAAGUUACAAGAUAGAGAACAGAGAAACACGCUAUCAACACUGAAAUCUAUGUUCCCCGAAAUGGAUCCAGAAAUUGUAGAAGACGUUUGCAUUGCUAAGAAAUACAGAGUCGGUGCAACGGUAGACAUCCUACUUUCACUAUGA